UUUCCAAUGCCUGAUUGUAGCACUCGUGGGUGUAUUCUUCUUCCUGAUGCAUUUAUAUAUAAGGGCAAAAACUAUAAGACUUGUAAUAGCUGUAGAAGUGUGAGAACUACUAACCAAAGCGAUCUAGAAACAUUUGUUGAGACAAUUUUAAUAAAUGAAGUUAGUGACUAUAUUGCAAAUACAACUGAUAACCUAGAAAAUCAUACCAAGCUUUCUCUUACUUUUCAUAUUCGACUUGAUAAAAUCACGCUUAGUGGAGUUGGUACAAAUGUUAAACUCAUGGCUAAAUUAAUUAUCGAUGAAAUAGAAGAAGGUGAUAGCUACAGUUGGAUGUAUGUAUAA